AUGGCCACUCAACCCAGCCGCUUCGAUCUCCCCGGCCAUACCUUGCCGUUGAACUUCAAACCGGCAGGAGGGCUGUUUCCCAAUGCACUUGACUACAGCGAUGUUGAGAAUCGCACCGUCGAGGCCAUCUACACCCGUCCAGAGCUUGUGAUGAUGCAAAUCAUGGGCGCCAUUAUGGACAAGCCGAACUGGGAACAAAAGGUAUUCGACAAUACCAUCACAUCCAAAUGGCGCGAUGAGAUGGCCAACGGGAGCGAGGACGUCACUCCCAAGAUGAUCGACUGGAUCCUGCAGGAACUGAAAUGCAAAGCAGAGAUUCUGCAGAAAGAUGGCCUGGUCCGUGUGUUUGACCAUGGAAUUGUCACGUCGGAGGAAGCGAUUCCAUCUGAGUUGCAGCGCGACCUGAAGGAUGCCGUUCGUCCUCUGGAAGAUGUCCCAGAAACAGAAAAAGAUUACCAUCCCGGAUCGGACAACAAAGUUGUCGACUUGGUGCACCCCUCGCUGUUCCCAGUGAUUUAUGGAAAAAGCAGAAUUCUCACAGACAGAACGACGGAUCGUGACAGCUGCCUGGCUAGCAUCGCGCAGGGAGAGACUCUUGCAGUGCCCCCGGAAGACCAAACAAAUAUCCCCGAGUAUGGCCAGCAUCAAUUCGACUUUGAAAGGGAGGACUACCAGGCGAAACGGCCGUACAGCCGCAAGUUCCAGUGGCUGCCGUGUGAUGUUGCCUUUACAGACGACGAUGGCUGUCGCGUUACAUCGUAUAUCAACAACCUGCAUCCACGUCGCCACGAGAAGCUCUACACAGUCAUUGAAAAGGUUCUCGCCAGGACAAUUCCACUGUGGAACGAGACUCUCAGCCCCGUGAAAACGGAGACCCCCAGAAUUCCGUAUCCAGCGGUUGUAUAUGACCCAACCGAGCAGGAGCCCCAGCCAGCAAAUGAAGCCGAGGCGGAGAGCGACGCGUUCUGCGAGAGACUCGACGAAUGGGAGAAGAACCGCACCAUCUUGAUGCCGGAGCCAGGCGACUUUUCGGCAUCCAAGAUUCUUCCUGCCGAGCGUCUCAAUCUCCGCGAGAAGUUUGGCGAUAAGGGUUUGCAAGUGAUUGUCAAAUUGGCGACGAUUGAGUUGAGCCCUGAAAAGCCCGAGUACGGAGGCGGAUCGUGGCAUGUCGAAGGGCAGCUGAACGAGCACAUCUGCGCCACGGCCAUCUACUACUACGACAGCGAGAACAUCACCAACAACACCCUCGCCUUCCGCCACCGCGCCGACUCGCAGUAUGUCCAGCAGGUCGAUUACCCUCAGAACAGAAACGAGUAUCUCUACAAGGUGUUUGGUUUUCCGCCGGAGGUUGAGGUGUGGUACGAUACCCAGGUUACGCAGAAUCUGGGGCGUGUGUCGACCCAUCAGGGCCGUCUGCUCACCUUCCCCAACACCAUGCAGCACCAGGUGUCGCCCUUUUCCCUGGCAGACUCAUCGAAGCCAGGCCACCGCAAGAUCCUGGCAUUCUUCCUGGUGGAUCCGAAUCUGCGUGUCAUUUCCUCGGCCAACAUUCCUCCCCAGAGUGCGGAUUGGGCUGAGGGCAAUGGCGAUUCGCUGAUGACCCUCGACCAGGCCAAGGAACACCGACUGGAGUUGAUGGAGGAGCGAAAGACAGCAACAGUGCAGACAAAUGGAAUCUUUGAGACGGGUGAAUUUGGAUUGUGCGAGCAUUGA